AUGUUGCAGGCGACAGAUUCCGACUUCACCGGCAUGCUGGGCAUGCUGGAGCCAAGCUCCCUUUUGGCGUUGAAUGCCAGCCGUGCUGGAAACUGGACUGGGUUCCUUCCCCACCAUGUGUGGAAUUGCUGGUGGUACAUGGGGGUGAAUGACUUGAUCCCUCUGCACAGAAAUUUCACUAUGGAAUACAUUCACGUCGCGGACCACGAGUGUUGGAUUCCAAGCACUGCCGUCAAGGUGUUGGUCAGGCUACUAAUCAUGCAGAGGUCCUAUAUGGCUGUUGCGAUAGUCGCGCUCCUUCACGACCACGCCGUAACUUUCAUAGACGAGGUCAAUCGCAUGUGGACGCGCAGGCAGAACAUCAUCACCGUGCUGUUUUUUCUCAACCGGUAUAUUCCCGCUCUGCUCUACAUAAUCAUCGGAAUAAGUCUGGCCUCGCCGAGCAUGUCAUACUCGUUCUGCGGCCAAGCCCUGCCUCGCAUAACACCCGUGCUCAUCGUCUUCAGCGAGGCGAUAAUAGGGAUCCUCCUGAUGCUGAAAGUUCGUGCCUUAUGGAGGGGAAGUAUCAAUGCGGCGAUUGCGUGGAUCAUCGCGAUCACAUAUGUGGUAGAGCUGACCAUUGGCAUUAUGGUGUCCGUAAAACUCGUUGGAGGCGGACCUAUAAAGCCGGGUGUUGGCUGUUUCCUGAUUUUCAAUCCCACGACGGAUAUGAAAAUGCGGCUCGUCUCUCUCUGGUUCAUCAACAUCCUGUUCCACGUGAUGAUCUUCGCCUGCACUCUGAAGCGAACCAUCAUCGCCCGAUACGAAGGCGCCCCAGCGCCGUUGGGUACGCUACUACUGCGAGACGGUGCAGCGUAUUUCUUGAUAUUGGUGACGGCCAAAGUGACCAAUUUAAUCCUACUCGUGUUUCACCCAGAGUACAACUCCGUCAACUGGGCGUUUAACCAUGUUUUCGACGUAAUGCUAACGUCCCGGCUCCUACUCAACCUGCGGCGAGCGCUCAGCGUUGGCGCUUACAACCCCGUGAACCCCGUCAUAGCCACUUCCGUCACCCUCCAGGCAAAGGAGAAACUCGCCAAGCGCGACCCCGAAGCGGUUCUCCUCUUCCGAGACGAAGACGAGGAGAGGGAGGAAAGGCCGGGCACUAUCGAGAUGCUGAAGCACAUCCUCCAGGAAGACGGAUACAACUGGAAAAUAUUAGAUGUCUUCAGGCCACAUAGAAAGUCUUGCCCUUCGGUGCCCAGACAGCGACGAUGGAGCAAGCGCCGAUACUCGAUAUGA